GCUGCACGGAGAGGAGGGAAGGCGGGGCUCCCAGCAUCAUCACCACCGGCCAUCACUGCUUCAUUGUACGGGGCUGCUGCUGAUGCGGAGAUCACAGCGGAGGGGGAGAUAUUUUUUUUUAAUAAGAGAAAUAAGAGGAUGCCAAUGGACACGAUUUCACACAGAUUAGCAGAACGCACAUGAUGAAAAUCCAUCACGAGCCCUUGUGUCUGACAGGAGAAUGAGGAAGAGGAGGAACUGGAAACCCUGGGAGCACCUUGGAAAAUUUCUAUGAAGUCUCGAUGAAAGCAACAGAAGAGCCUCUCUAGUUUUUUUUGACUCGAUGGCUAAGAAGGGGCGUACGAAGGGCGAGAAGCCCGAAGCGCUCAUUUCUGCCUUACAGGCAGCCAAUGAAGAUCUCAGGUCCAAGCUGACUGACAUUCAGAUAGAGCUGCACCAAGAAAAAUGCAAGGUGAGCAAGCUGGAGCGCGACAAGGUGCAGGAGGUGAAGCGGGUGCGGGAGCAGGAGCAGCACCGUCACACUGCCAUGCUAACAGAGCAGCGCGCCAAGUGGCACGAGGAGAAACAGAAAGAGCUCCAGGCUCUCAGGGAAAACCUGACGCGGCAGCAUGAGCAGGAGCUGGCCCGCCACGCCAAAAUCAAAGACCAGGAGAACCAGAGGCUGAAAGCCGCUCUGAGCGCCAUACGCGACGGCAGCGGAGAGAAGGUACGCACAGCACUGACCCUGGAAGCCAAGGAGGAGGCCCGGCGCUUCUUUGACCAGGAGAGAGUGAAGCUCCUGCAGGAGAUCGCGGAGCUGAAGUCUGCGAAGAAGCAGACGGACGAGGCUCUCAGCAACAUGAUCCAGGCCGACAAGAUGAAGGCCGGAGACCUGCGGGUGGAGCACCAGCAGCACCAGGAGCAGAUCUCCAAGAUCAAGUGGGACUGUGAGAGGGACAUCCGCAGACUGGUGGAUGAAAUUAAAUCUAAGGAUCGCACUAUUUUCUCUCUGGAGAAGGAGCUGGAGUCCACAGCUGGUUACUUGCAGAAGCUGCAGCUUCAAAAGGACGCCCUGGAUGAACAGCUGUUCCUGGUCAAGGAGGCCGAGUGCGGCUUGGGAAGCCCGAAAAGGGAGAUACCGGGCCGGGCUGGAGAUGGUGCAGAGCACUGUGGCAGUCCAGACCUGAGAAGAAACCAGAGGCGCAUGGCUGAACUCAACUCAACCAUACGCAAGUUGGAGGACCGUAACUCACUGCUGGUCGAUGAGAGAAGUGAGCUGCUGAAGCGAGUUCGAGAGUCGGACAAGCAAUGCAAGCCCCUGCUGGACAAGAACAAGCUACUGAGUAAGAGGAAUGACGAUUUGACCCAGACGAUCCAGAAGCUGGAGGACAAGCUGAAGAGCCUGGCCAAGGAGAACCUUGAGAUGAAGGAGAGAAUAAGCUCCCAUCCGCCGCUGAAGAAGCCGAAGUCUCUGAACGACCUGGACCAAGCCCACGAUGACCAGGAAAUAGCCUUUCUCAAACUUCAAGUCCUGGAGCAGCAAAGCAUGAUUGAUGAACUGGCAAGAGACCGAGAAAAACUGCUUAGAAAGAAAAGACAUAAAAGAAGCACGAGGUCGUUAAAGAGGCCCAUUGUAGUAGACACCUACUUCGGGUACGACGAGGAGUCUAUGGACUCUGAGACAUCCUCAGUCGCUUCAGUUCGGAUGGACAGGACCCCUGCUACUCCCGACGAAGACCUGGAUGAGGGUCUAGCAAACGAGGAGUCGGAGCUACGUUUCCGUCAGCUCACCAGAGAAUAUCAGGCCUUACAACGAGCCUACGCCCUGCUGCAGGAGCAGAAAGGAGGCAUCCUGGAUGCUGAGAUGGAAGCCAAGGCUCAAGAACAACUCCAUGCAGACGUUCUCAGGUAUAAAGCCAAAAUAGAAGACUUGGAGAAGGAACUAACCCUGAAGGGACAGGACUCCAAAUGGGUGGAGGAGAAGCAGCUGUUCCUGCGAAGGAAUCAGGAGUUAAUAGAGAAGUUGGAAAAGCUGGAGUCAGACUGCAAUCGGCUGCAGCAGGAGCUGCAAGACUCCCGAGACCAAAAUGAACUGUUGGAGUUUCGGAUACUGGAGCUCGAGGAGCGCGAGAGGAGGUCCCCUCCAUUCAAUCAUUUGAGGAUGCAUCCGUUCUCAGAGGGAGUCAGUGCGUUGCAGAUCUACUGCAUGAAGGAAGGGGUGAAGGACGUGUGCAUUCCAGAUCUGAUUAAACUACUUGACAUCCUCGGAGACAACGGGAACUUAAGGAACGAGGAGCAGGUGGCCAUUAUUCAAGCCAGCACUGUUUUGUCGCUAGCAGAAAAGUGGAUUCAGCAGAUCGAAGGGACGGAGGCGGCGCUGCACCAGAAGAUGGUGGACCUGGAGAUAGAGAUGGAGAUGUUCUGUAAACAAAAAGGAUAUCUGGAAGAGGAGCUCGACUACAGGAAACAGGCCCUGGACCAGGCCUACAUGCAAAUCCAGGAGCUGGAAGCAACUUUAUACAACGCCCUGCAGCAGGACAAGGUUAUAAAGUACGGCGAGCCUCUGGAUGAGCUCCAGAAGGACGAGCUGCGCACGGCGGUGGAGAAGCUGAGGAGGCAGAUGCUGAGAAAGAGUCGAGAGUACGACUGCCAGAUCCUCCAGGAGAGGAUGGAGCUGCUGCACCAGGCCCACCAGAGAAUCCGUGACCUUGAAGACAAGACAGAAAUCCAGAGGAGGCAGAUUAAAGACCUGGAGGAAAAGGUGGUGUGUCAGCUUGGAGAUCUUGUUUGUGACCGCGGUGUUAUUUAUUUUCUGGACAAGCGUGAAGCGGUGUGCGUAGCGGUGGCUGCUCGUGUCAUAACAUCAGUGACUGCUGUCGGUGUAGGUGGAUGUGAUGUGCGUUGGCCUGUUCACACGUCAGAUGUUAUUUUUUUAUUUUAUUUACCUCUCGUUUUUAAAUUAUUUUUUAACUGGGGGUGGGGUUUUUUUUUUUUUUUUCUGGAUGCUGCCCCGGGACGAGCAGUGUCGGAUGCUAAAUGUCACUUCGGACUGCAAAGAACGGGCACGCUGCUGGAAAGACACAGCAGAUGCGGACACGCACAUACGUGCACACAUAGUUUAUGGACACGCAUGCAUAUACAGAUGCAUGCAGAUGCAAACACACACACACACAGACACACACACACACACAAGCUUUGACUAAUCCAAACCAAAGCCUGAGAAAUGUUCUCUCUGCCAUGCAGGGUAAUAAUAUGUCACCCACCACCAUUUAGCCAGAGUGGGAAUAUAAACAGACAGAAAACUCAUAGACAACGAGGAAAACAAACCACCAGACCGACCACAGACGCUCCUCUUUUUCUCUUUUCUUUCCCAUUCCAAACCUCGAGAAGACGUCCUUCCGCGAACGCAGCCAUUGCAACUCAGGGCCCACGAGUGCAGAGGCCGUUUGAACUGGUCUUAGGUCAAACCGUGUUAAGGGACUCUUGGGACACGGUGUCUCACCGGCUGGCCUGACGUCGCCGUUCCCAGAAUGGUGCUUACACAGACUGCUCGCACUCUCCGGAGGUUACACCUGGAAAAAAAAAAAAAAAAAACAGACGGAACCACGCUGCAGAAACUGGUGUGCGAGGACCCUGAAAGUGGGACGCGGGACCCUCAGGUUGACGCGUCUUCACCGGACACACAGAGUGACAGCGGGGAGAUGAAAAAGGAAAGAUUCUGGGGGCAAAGGCAACUCUUUGAUCCGGCUCCAGCUCUCCACAGGAAAGCCUACGGACUGCUUCUUAAUUUUUCUCAAAAGCCAGCAGACUGCAAGAGCUUUACUCUCUGGUUUCUCUCUUGUUUUUUUUACCACUCAGAUACUGUGUCCCAAGAUUUCCACUGAGGAAACAUCCCUAUUCUGUAUUGUAAUAUAUAUAUAUAUAUAUAUAUACAUUGUUGAUAUGUACAUGUGUCUGAAUUAUUUACUCUAGUCUCCUCCUCACGUUUUCCUUUUUUUUAUUUGUGACUGGUGGCACUUUUCUUUUUCACUCUGAUGCAGCUUGAACAGUUGAUGUACUCGGCAGUUUAUAAAUGACUUAAAAAAAAGGGUAUAAAUUGCUCUGUUUUAUUGUGGUGACGGCUGCAAAGAUGAACUUUAUUUCGUUGAAAAUAAUAACUGAGAAAUCGUUGGAAUAAGAAUGUGGAAUAAUGGAUUAUGUGCAUCCCUCUUUUGUUUUUUUUAAUAUCAUUUUUAAAUUCGUCUUUACUGUCACAGUGGUGUUGCUCUGGCUGACCAGCAGGGGGUGCUGCUUUGAACAUGCCCUUUAAAGUUCCACUCGAGGGGACUUGUGAUCAUGCUCGGGCUGGUUGUCUGGUUCAGAUACGUGGAAGGCCACUCCACUGCUCCCAAAAAUGAAAGGGCCGUCUCUUUUUCUCCCCUCUCUCUCUUUUUAACUAACAGAAUCAUCUUUGAUACUAACAACACUCUUUUACUCAACGCCACUGGGCGCUUAGGUGUCCACCUCCCCAACAUGAAACAGGAGAAAGUGAAUGCAACGCUACACCUGCUCCACUUGUCUCUCGCGAGGCCGACUCUGCCCAGCCCCUGAAAUAUUUACCAGUCGACCGUGCUUGUUCCCUGUGUAUCCGAGCUAGUGUAUCUGCCAUCACAUCACCCCCGUGGCUCCGUUCACCGGCCGGGGUUUUGCCUCUCUGUGGGAUCUCCUUACGUGAAGCGGAGAGUAACUACAUCCCCGUUCACUUUAUCCCACCACGGGGAACGACUGAGACUAUUUUUGUGCAAACUCAGCUAACAAGCAGUUGCCUUAAAUGCACUUUCCCCCCUUUUUUCUGCUCCUACUUUCCUUUUGAGCUCUUAUUUUUUCAGGUUUAUGUACAGUAUGUUGUAGAUAUACGUUACAUUCUGUGUAAUGUAUACAUAUUAUAUAUAUAUAUAUAUUUUUGUUUUUAUUUCUCAGAGAAGUUUUUUUUUAAUGUUAUUCCCGUCUGUCUUCCAACGAGAACAUAAUCCCUCCUAAUUUAAUUUAGGUUAUUUAUUAAACAAGAAAAAAAAGAGUAAUGCUGUAAAAAAUAAAAAAAAAUAAAAAAAAACAAUAAUGGC